UCUGUAGGAUGUUGUAUUAAUUAACCUCUUGCUAACACCCAUAAAUAACCUACCAAUAACCGUAUAGAAGCAAUAAACAGCCAGACAGAACAUUGUGUUGUUCUCACCUGAUAGUGUGCUCAAAACAAUGUAGAUACAUACGAUAGAGAAUAAAAAUAUAAUGGAGUGAUUCGACAGGUCUGAUUCUUCAUUGAAACAUGGUGAUCAAUAGACAGGAAACAAUUAACGUAUACCAGUGCACACUGGAAUAUAACUAGACUUGGCAGUAUUCAAAAAACAGAUAUUUUACAUCAGCUGUGAGAGGGGAGACUUGUGUGGGGACCUUUUUGUUCGGAUACCAACAUGUCACCUGGCGUCGGUGUGUGGAAAUUUUUGCGGAAUCUGUGAUCCAUGGUUUCCUCUCCGUUAAUGUUUCAAACAUGAAAAGAACAAAUUGAUGAAUGCAUACCUGGGAAAUGUCUUUGAAGUGGAGUGAGUUUUUCGAUAUCUGAUCAGACUUUAAUGGAUUAUUGUAAUAACUACAGAAGUGCAAACAAGCUGCCUGUGUUAGCAAGGACAAGCCAAAAAAAAAAUGACGGAGUUUUGAAAAAUUGCUCAUUUUUGUAGAAAUUCUGAUAAGGAGCUAUCAACAAAUGUUUUUCUUAGUUACAAAGGAAAAAUCGCAGUCAUGGGAGAUGGUAAUAAAAGCACUAGGAGAAAAUGUGUAUGUAGGUGAUUAUAUUAAGUUAAUAAGGAAUCUUUAGCCACUAAUGAAAGAAAAUUUGUGGUAAGCAAUCUCCAUAGGCAGCUGGGAUUUAGUUUUACUACAAAAUAUCAGCUCUGGAAAAAUCUAGGAACAAAUCCUUUUUUUUAUUUCUCUCCUAUCGUUGAGGAGGGAGUAGGACAUAAUGCAGUAACGUAUUGAUAAAUGUGAUAGAGUGAGAAACUCAUUUCUGAAGGAAGAAUUUUCCAUCAGCAAGAAUUACUCUGAAAGGACUCGUAAAAUUUAUAACAGCAAAAAAUUAACAAAAACGAAGGAGACAUUUUUUGACGUCAUCAAAGUGUUUCAGAAAUUUAUAUGACCACAAAGAAAAAGAUUAAUAAAAACGGAGGACGUUUUCUAAUGAAAGAGUGUCUCAGGAUUCUGUAGUGUUGAAGACGUCAUGGGAAUUACCAAGUUCCAGUUGUCAAUGAAUAUGUGAUUUGUGUCAUCACUUCACCUCAACAUGUUCAUUCAAUCACUCUCAGUGGGAUUAUUUUUCAUUUCUGGAUUUUCUUGAGGUUUACAUCACAAUCCUUUUUUUACAAUCAGAGCUUGCGAUUGGACCACAGAGCUCUGGGUUUGUCAGUGUAAUGCCCACCCUCGAGGGGAAGAUGCCGUUAUCCACGACUUCCGCAGAGACGGCCUUCCACAACCUCCACGUGGAUUCCUCCACCACAUCUUCCAUCCACCUGUCCUGGGGGAUACUACACGAAAACAUCCUCCGAUCCACGAUACUGGCCUUCCAGGUGCAUUACCAAAAGGAGGCUAGCAAAUAUGUGCAAUAUGGCCCCCGACUACCUGCCUCUACUAACGAGUAUGAUAUUCAGAAUCUUGUGGCUGAUACAUUUUAUAAGAUUUGUUUGGUGAUAUAUCAAAAUAACACAGUGCCAGAAAGGGAGUGUAUCGAUGCCUCCACAUCUAACUGGAGAAUUCCUGUCUCGAUAUCGGUAGGCAGCAGUAUAGGUGCCGUUUUGGCUCUAUUUCUCAUUAUGCUCAUUGUGGUGGCAGUGGCACGUUGUCCGUUUGGCAUCCGUUGGCAUCACAACCAGAGAAUGACAGGAAGGAAAUAUGACAGCAUGUCAUCUCAUUUCCACUAUGAUUUCAGUGAUACAUUGACACAUGAACGAGAAGAGGAUUACAUAUCGGAUCACAGUGAUAAUGGAUUAUAUAAAGAGGGGUGCAAUCACAGUUCCUGCUACCACCACCCCGAGUUCCACCGCCCGGGUGCCACUCAGCUCUGUAAUGGACACCACCAUCAUCAGGUCACGUUCAGUCAGCACCCCCCUACGAUUUGUACGGGGGCGCGGCCUAAAGUGGCCAGGAAUUGUCAAAAACCGUCUUACAUUGGGAAAAAACAUUUAAUGUCGCAGUGCUCAACCGAUUCGGAACCUGAUCACGUGACUAUGGAUAAAGACAAACAAAGGAUACACCCCAACAAGCAGUGUGAUCAAAAUCAUGUGUGUUAUGGUGAUGAUAAUUAUAAUCUACAGAUGACAGACGCAACGGAUGUGGACUUGAAUCAUCCACAUGUGUGUUGUGCUAGGAAUCAAAACAACGAUUAUCUAAAUGGACAUGGCCCUCACUCCUGUGAAGCGGGAGGAUCCAUUCUUCUCCACAAAGCCCCGAGUCUGAAUCAAAUAGAUGUUUCAUCCAGUGAUUCUGGUUAUAAGGAUGCAUUACUUCAAGGUCCCUCCGAGUCAUUUGAGGACGAUAAUGCAUUUUUUUCCGCCACAGAGAAUUUUUCCUCGGAUCUCAAUACGAAUGACAGUAGUAUGCAAAAGAGAGUGACUUCGGAUGAAUAUGAAAUGAGUGACCUGUCGGAUAAAGCUAAAUCCGUUCAGAUCCCCCUCGCAGCGGGAUCCGAUCAAUCCGAGCUCGUAUCUGAAGAAGCAUAAUAGGGAGCAUUAUAAUGCAGACAUCAAAUUUUAUAUCGGAUUUAUUUUACAACAUUUAAAUUCCACCAACAUCAGCUACCAUGCUGAUUUCAACUCUGCUCAAAACUUUUUGUACGUACUUCAUUUUUUCCAUUAUCCAGCUUCGUGCUGGGCUAUAAUUGGCUAAAGUAGUAUAUCAUUUUUAAAUUAGUUCAGGGGGAAAAAACAUGAAGAUGUGUCUUGAACAAACUCUUAAAAAUCUUUUAAAUUAAUCUAAAAGAGAGGAAAAAAUUUCAAGCAUCGCCAGACUGUAUGAUGUCUUAUAAAUGGAAAUCUAUAUCAGAUGAAAAAGAAAAAAAAAUGCUCAUGAUUUACUCAAAGUUAAUUUAGAAAUCAGAUCACUUCUAAAAGGAAAGAAAAAAAGAAUGUCAGAGCAGGAAAAGUUCCUAAUCAAUGUUGUUCACUUAUUUUCUUAAUAUCACAAUUCUCUAACCUUUGUGCUUAUAUAUCCUUUUUACCCCCUUUGAAAGAUGAGUUUUUCAAGAAAUGUCAGUUUGCAUAUAAAACCAGCAUUUCCAUCAAUGGAAUAAAUUCCAUCCAUUAUGCAAAUAAGCCUGACUUAACAUUGUCCCUCAAUGCACUCAUAUCGCUUACAAAUUAAAUUUCCGGUUAAUUGCACUCUCACCUCUUUUUUCAGCAUUAAUAUGAGACCAUCAUGAUUGAUUAUAAGACCUUAAUGGCUAAAAUCCCAUAAUAACUUGAUGGUGAAAUUAUAAUCAAAUUCAUUGAUCUAUGUAGUGACUUGCACAUCUCUUAGUUUUUCAUUAAUUAUGAUAUUUAUAUUUUUAUUCUCUUCCUUGAUCAA